CAGAAGCAUACCAAACCAGAAUCAAGAAAACAGAAAGGAAAGAGAGAAAGCAUCCAUGCAUGGGCAUGCUAUGACCGUUGUUGUUGUUGUGGUGGUGGUAUUGGUGUUGGUGUUGUAAUGCAAUUCUUAAGCGCCUUGCUCUCUCUCUCUCCUCUCUCCUCUCUCUACUCUUUUGAAACUUCUCCUUCUCCACGCCGCCUCUCUUCCUGACCUUACCAACAACUCAUUCAUCCCCUUUGCAUUUCAUUUAAUUUACCAAAACACCCUCAACCUCCAUCUCUCCCUUCUUCUGUUCUGGUCUCUGCAAGAGAACAAUACAAACCACUGAAAGCUCUUCUCUUAACCAUGGUCUCUUCUUCUUUCUAAUGUCGGCGCAGUUGUUACUGGGCUCAUCCGUGAAUCUGCAUUGCCAAGUAAAGCUGGCUCUGUUUAGCGACGCAGAUCUCUUUCGAACUUCCUCCCACUCACGAAAUGGAAGGAGGGACUGAUCAGGAUUACGACGAAUUUGAAAUGCUUCUGGGUGAGAUACCGAAUGCAACAUCUGGAAAUCCACACUCCGAGGAUUCUGGGCGUACAAGUUCCUCGGUAAAUAUGGAAAGGAUCCCUCGGCAAGAGGGGGAAAGGAAGUGCUCUCCAUCAGCCUCUUUUACGAACUUCUACAAUGCAUCCCAAGCCGCAAGCUCUGGCAGCAACUCCACAUUUUAUGAUGGCUUGGCCUUCGAAAGAACCAGUGCCAACUGUGUGAACCCCUCCCAGUGUUCGACAAACCAGAAACUGCAAAUUAAUGGGAAUUUGGAUGGAGGGAAAAUAAUUGUGAAGAGUGCACAUCAAUCACCUGUCAAAAAUGUUGAUCAAGAUGAUUCAAACCUGCCUGAUGACCAAUCCUUGAAUUCAGCAUUUGCAGAUUUGAGCUUCAAGGAUGGUAUGGCAGUGGAAGCCCCAACUUCUCAGUUUGUAAAGCAUAAUACAUUACAAAAUUGCACCUUUCUACUUGAUGGGCAGUACCCAAACUGCCUAAAGAAAUCAUUAUCCAGUUUGGGAUCAGGGGCCACAGUUAUUCCUACUCCACCUAAUGCACCAAGUGGCAUGAAUGUGGUGAAUGGUCUCAAUAAGUUAGAUAUAGGCAUGAGUUGCCAUGAAAACACAAAGCUCUUAAAACUCAAUGUUCAAGAACUAAAGAAACAGAAUCCUGGUUCUCACCAGCUGCUUGAAAAUUUAUCAGGUGACAUAGGAGAGCAACUACAGAGCGCCCAAGUAUACUCUCCAUCCACACCAUUAGCAGCUGGGUUGCAUGCCUUUCAGGUUGUCCCAAACAUUACAGUCCCUGGAGUUGAGUUCCCAGUUACACCUUUUCAACAGCAAUGCUUUUUGGAUACACAAUCUCCUCUUCCUUACAUGCAGCCUCAACCAUUGAAUCAGCCCCACAUCACAUGGAGGCAGUUGGAGGAAGAAAGGUAUUGUAGGAUGCAUCAACAAUACCUUUACUUGCAACAGCUCUGUAAUCAGGGAUCUGAUGGUCAAGUUCCAACUCAUGCAAGUAGGAAUGCUGCCUUUGGGUCAAUGACUAGAGACCCAAGGCGACCAUAUUUUGAGAUUCCAAUUUCCCUCCAACUUGAACAAGGUAGUCAAGGUGCAAUUUUGAAUGGUGCUGUAAUCCCAAGGGGACUUGAUUCAUCGGAUCCUACACUGACAGGCACUGGCCCUUGCCGAUACUAUGCUCAGGGAUUCUGUGGGAGGGGUGAAACCUGCCCAUUUGCUCAUGGCCCGAAGCAGUCUUCCGCCAGCAGUUUAGGAUGCCAUCCUUCUUCCCUUACUGCCAAGGAUUUUGGACCUGUCAAAGUUUUAGACAAGGUUGUGAAGCAGAAUUUUCCUGAAAAGAUUCUAACAAGGUCACAUGGCUUGAACUCAAUCAGAACUAUCAAGCCUUGCUCUGAUGUAGGGAAUGAAUCACUAAGCCAUGGUAACUCUAAUGGGAGAUUGCUCUUUGAUGGCCACUUCCAGUACCAUCCAUCCAUUCUAAAUGCAGCAUCCUUCCAGCUAGAUGGUCGGAAUUCCCAUGGUUCAUCCCCUGACACUGUAAAUCCGAGACAUAUAAAUCUGAAGUCACCAUCUCAGAAAUAUAAUUCUGUGGAUGAGGUCAUGGGUAGAAUUUAUCUCAUGGCAAAGGAUCAACAUGGCUGCCGCUUCUUGCAAAGGAAAUUCACAGAGGGCACCAAAGAAGAUAUUGACAAAAUCUUCCUUGAGAUAAUUGGCCACAUUGUUGAGCUAAUGACGGAUCCUUUUGGCAACUAUCUUAUCCAGAAGUUACUUGAAGUAUGUGAUGAAGAUCAGAGAAUGCAGAUACUUCAUGCAAUUACCAGAAAAGCUGGUGAUCUUGUUAGAAUAUCUUGUGACAUGCAUGGGACUCGUGCAGUUCAGAAGGUGAUUGAAACCCUUAAUACUCCAGAGCAAUUUUCCAUGGUUGUUUCCUCAUUGAAGCCUGGAAUAGUUAUGUUGAUAAAAAACAUGAAUGGAAAUCAUGUUGCUGCACGAUGCUUGCAACAUUUAAUGCCUGAAUACUGUGAGUUCCUUUUUGAAGCUGCAACUGGCCACUGCGUUGAGCUUGCAACAGAUCGUCAUGGUUGCUGUGUGCUUCAAAAGUGCCUCGGCCAUUCUGAUGGAGAACAGAGACGCCGAAUGAUCUGUGAGAUCACUUCUAAUGCUCUUUUGCUUUCUCAAGAUCCAUUUGGGAAUUAUGUUGUUCAAUAUGUAUUUGAACUUAGGAUGCCAUGGGCAACAAUGGAUGUGCUCAACCAGUUAGAGGGAAACUAUGCGUACCUCUCCAUGCAGAAAUACAGCAGCAAUGUUGUUGAGAAAUGUCUGAAAUAUGCAGCAGAAGAGCACAGGCCACAAAUAAUUCAGGAGCUAAUAAAUACCUCGCGGUUAGAUCAAAUCCUGCAGGAUCCUUAUGGCAAUUAUGUUAUUCAAGCAGCACUUAAUCACUCUAAGGGGACACUUCAUGCUGCUUUGGUGGAGGCUAUCAGACCCCAUGUGCCGGCACUCCGGACCAGUCCGUAUGGGAAGAAAGUCCUCUCAUGCAACAAUCUGAAGAAGUAAACAAUACCAUUCUUUGACCAAAUUCUUAGAAUAACUUUUCCCCAAACAAAUGGGUCUCACAAAUCUCUUGGGCAGAGCAGAUAGAGUUACUGUAAAGAAUGUAGACUUUGCCAUUACAGAGGAUCGGUGUAAACAGUGUAAUAAAUAGGAAAGGGAGAAACUUUUGAAGUUAGACUUUUUGAUACUUGAGUUGUCAAAUUUGCUGGGACUUGUGAGAGAAAAGUUCCACAGAUGCCUUGUACAGCCUGCCGGAACAGAUGAAGGCAAUUUUGCGUGAUAGUAGAUCUGCAUGUUAGUGGACUGAGAUUUAUGCUUUAAAAUAAAAGAAAAUUCAAAGAAAGUAGAAUUUUUCUUUUUUAAGCUCACAGGGGAGUGUACUGCUGCUAUUGUGCUUCAAUUAAACUGUUUUUUUGGGGGGGUUAACUUGAAAACCUUUUUAUCUUUGUACUAAAUACAUAUUUGGUAAUGUAUUUGGCUUCUAUA